CGGGGAACCGGGAGCGACGAAAUCCGGGUUGGGAGCGAGCCGCGGAGGCUGGCAGGGCUGGAGUGAGGGUCAGGAACACGUGGCCAGGCCCACUGCCCUGCCUCCUACCCCACCAGUGCAAGCACCUCGUGGGACCGCUACUCUGCCGAGCACCCCGUAUUGCCAGGGCUCCCCCCGGGCUUCUGAAGAGUAAAGACUGACUAGAGACUGCCUCACUCCAUACUCGACUGUACCACUCUCCCUCCCCGGGAUGCUCGGGGCAUGGCUUCUGGAGCUCCACAGAACAGCCGCCGGAUGGCCUGUGGCGCAGAAAUCACAGGCUUCCUGGAUGCAUUCCUCCAAGACUUUACAGCCCCGCUGAGCCCAGAGAGCCCUUUGCCGUGGAAGGCCCCAGGGGCAGUGCUGAGCCAAGAAGAGGUGGAGGGGGAGCUGGCUGAGCUGGCAAUGACCUUCCUGGGCAGCAGGAAUGCUCCACCAUCAGUUGCUGAAGCUCUGACCCAUGAAGCCAUUUCCCAGCUGCUACACACAGACCUUACUGAAUUUAGGAAGUUGCCCAGGCAAGAGGAGGAGGAAGAAGAGGAAGAAGAGAAGCCUCCUGUGACCUUACUAGAUGCCAAAGGCCUGGCACGGAGUUUCUUUAACCAGCUCUGGGAAGUAUGUGGCCAGUGGCAGAAGCAGUUGCCAUUGACUGCCCAGACCCCACCACGGCAGUGGCUGGUCUCUAUCCAUGCCAUCCGGAACACUCGCCGCAAGAUGGAGGAUCGGCAUGUGUCCCUUCCUUUCUUCAAUCAUCUCUUCGGCUUCUCAGACCCUGUGGAUCGUGCCUACUUUGCUGUGUUUGAUGGUCAUGGAGGCGUGGAUGCUGCAAGGUAUGCUGCUGUUCAUGUGCACGUCAAUGCUGCCCACCGGCCACAACUGCCCACAGACCCUGCUGGAGCCCUCAAAGAAGCUUUCCAGCUCACUGAUGACAUGUUUCUCUGGAAAGCCAAGAGAGAGCGGUUGCAGAGUGGCACCACAGGAGUAUGUGCUCUCAUUGCCGGAAAGACCCUGCACAUCGCCUGGCUCGGGGACUCCCAGGUUAUCCUGGUGCAGCAGGGACAGGUGGUAAAGCUGAUGGAGCCACACAAACCUGAGCGACAGGAUGAAAAGGCACGAAUUGAAGCACUGGGUGGCUUCGUGUCCUUCAUGGACUGCUGGAGAGUCAACAGGACCCUGGCUGUGUCUAGAGCUAUUGGGGACGCCUUCCAGAAGCCAUAUGUGUCUGGGGAGGCAGACGCAGCCUCCCGGGAAUUGACGGGCUCUGAGGACUACCUGCUGCUUGCCUGUGAUGGCUUCUUUGAUGUGGUCCCCCACCAGGAAGUCGCUGGUCUUGUCCACAGUCACCUGAUCAAGCAGAAGGGCAACGGGCUCCAUGUUGCUGAGGAGCUGGUAGCUGAGGCCCGAGAGCGGGGCUCCCAUGACAACAUCACAGUCAUGGUGGUCUUUCUCAGGGACCCUCAAGAGCUGCUGGAAAACAGGAUCCAGGAGGCAGGGGACUCCCAGGCAGAGAGGAGAAGCCAAGACUCGCCCUUUGGCCUCUCAGAGCUUGAGAUCGACACUACACAGUGAAACUAGAUGGUCUAGGCCCCCCCCCAGCUCCCCAAACCACCCCUUCUCACCCUUGUGACUCUCCCCUUCAGAGGCCUUAGGACCUGACAGGUAGUUGUGGGCAGGGAGUGCUCACUACACAGCACUUCCCCAGCACCCAAGUUACUCAGGGUGCUUGCUACAGCCUGUCCUAAUGACCUCAGAACCGCAUCAUUCAGCAGGUGGAUCUCAGUAGAAAGCAUAGGAAAAAAAAAAAUAAGAAAGACCUCACCAAAGAACACAGUGGCCUGGGAAGUGGACCAGCUCUUGCCCACAACCUUCCAUCAAGGUAUAGGUGGGACUAGAGACCAUCAGCAUCUGGUAGAAACCUGACCAAAGACACAGGGGUGUACAUGAAUCACUCAGGUGCAUCCAUGUGGUUCAGGCAGAUCCAGGAGGCCCAAGGAACCUUCAAGUAUAUGCCAGGAUAGGUCCCAGCAGGGAGAUUGUCCAGUCCAGUUUCUCAUGGCUUCUUCAUGGUAGCAAGGCUGGCACUAAAGAGGGUUGACCGAUAGAUAAGUCCAGCAGGUCCUACUUGACCAAGCUGACUUCCCAAAGAGGAGAGAGUGGCUUCCUCAAGAAGGAAGCACACUGUACCUGGCAGCCCUAUGAUAUGUGGGGACUACUGGACCUCUGGGCCUCUCCUCUUCUCUGGGACAUCCUGGGGAGAUGAGGCUCCGAGCUCACAGUGACACCUGCAUGUGUCUUUUGUUUGUGUCUUUGAAUUUAUUCCAGGGAAAAGUCUUAAUUCAGAAGCAGUAUUUCAGGUUCUAUCUGUUUUUUGUUUGUUUGUUUUCUCAGUGCCAAGAUGACCUAUGGUGUCAUAUAAUUUAAGCAGAGCUUAGCAUUUAUUCUAUUCCUUAGAAAACUUAAAUAUUUACCUUUUUUUUAUUUUCUUGUGGAAACAUUUUUUGCAGUAUUACUGAUUUUUUUUCAUAAAUCAGGAUUGAAGCAGAAACUUUACCAGGUGGUGUUAAUAAGCCACUUAAGUGCCUUAAACUGCUUUGGGAGAGAGGAAAACCACUGGCCCGCCAUAGAUUCUGACAGACCUGUUGAAGUUCUCACAAAAGCAGCAUUUGUUGUGUUAGGAAGACAUGACUUGGGCUAGAAACCUUUCUAGAAGUUUUCUUUUUUUGUUUUUAUUUUGUGUGUGUGAUGCUGUGCACCCCCAGGAGUCUCUACAGUGUUUAGCAGGAGCCAUAGCUGUGAUAAGCUAGGGUCUGGGCCCAAAUUUCAAGGCUCUGGGUGUUUUCCAGGCAAGUCUAGCCAGGUGCUAGGCAUUGAAACCAUUACUAUUUGAUAGGGAUGUUCCAGAAAGUCUGUGUAAUUUCAUGGAUUUCAUUUGGGAAAAUGUUUAAGAGGUUCUGGCAAGCUCAAAGGCAGCAGUGUCUCCAGUGGCAGUCUGACAUUGUCAGCAGAGACCCUUAUGUAGGUCUGUGGCUCGUGUCCUUCCCCACUGGGCUCUGCCCUGUAGCCUGACCAGCCUUAAAAGACACUGGAAAGCCAGACACUGGUGGCUCCCAUCUGUUAUCCUAGCUACUCAGGAGGCUAAGAUCUGAGGAUUGUGGUUCAA